UUGCUGUAAGUGUGUUUUCAUUAAACAUCAAUAAACGUGUGUUUAACGAACAGAUUGAGUAGAUUUAUCCGUAUACUAUUGGCUGUAGUUUAAGGUACACAUUCAAUAUCUGUGUACCAUUAAGUACCAUAGGUAGGUUGGAUAUCAUUUCAACUUGUACUAGUUGGGUUUAACAGCAAAGUGUGUCAUAGAUCUACAUCUACCUACAAAUGUUAUUAUGUUCCAAAUAGUCUGGAGAAUUCAAUUAAAUUCCGAUCACCGGGAUUAAAAAUAAACACUAUGUACGAGGAUCUGGGUUACAGAGGUGAAGCAAUAGCGCGUUUGAAUUACACAGCCCCAGCUGAUGGAUAAAGUACCCUGAAACGCGAGCGUCUUCUGAAAUGGAACUCUGCCACAUGUUCACAAUAAUUUUCACAGGUCUUAUUUUCAAUUUCGUUCAUGGUUUCGGUAAAAGGAACCUGAACCGCGAGACUGUAAUAAUUGACCUACAAACCGGUCUUGUUGAGGGCUAUAGUAAGUACAUCGACUUCAUUGCUCCACCGACCAUUUCCUGGUCACGUAAUUGUGAUUCUCAAGCAGUCGUGCGUAUCGAUCUCUCUGGGCCUUUCAAAUCCGCGAAGUUCCAUUUAAACUAUGGCGACAGACCCCGGAUGUGGACACUGGAUAUUAGCGAUUCGCCAACGGGGGAUGGCCAUGGAGGGGAUAAUGGAACAACAAGCAACAUGGCGGAAAUGCAGAUCUUUAAUAAGCAGAUGCGUCUCUAUGGCAACAGCUUAGAAGGAUACUUUGAUGCGACUAUUAAUGGCGGACUCCUCAUAAAAGUCGUAGAUGAUUUCAUCAAAAGGGGUACAAAAGUAGUAAUAGAUGUAAGCGACGAGAAAGUUGAAUGGCAGCAAAAUGACACCAAGGAUUUUGUGGAUUCUAAAUUUUUAUUUACCCUGGACGGGCAAGAGACACUAUAUGGGAAGACCGACUAUAACCUCUAUGCAGGUUUCAACCGUGUAGUCGCAGGGACAUACAGGAGCGGAAGCGGACUCUGUAAAGUUGCCAUCACACUACAUGAAGAUCCUGCAGCAGCAAUGAAUGAAUGCAAAGAAGGACGUCACAACUGUCACAAGGAUGCGGAGUGUCACGACACUAGGAGAUCGUUUAAAUGCAAAUGUAAGGAUGGUUUCUAUGGCAACGGAAAAAUAUGUGUAGACGACAAUGAAUGCGAUUAUGAGAAUGGUGGUUGUGUUCACUACUGCAGUAACACACAUGGCAACUACACAUGCGCCUGCAAAACUGGCUUCAAGCUACACAAGGAUGGGCAUAACUGUUUAGACAACAACGAGUGUUUUCACAACAGAGGGGGCUGUCAACACCAAUGUCUCAACACGCUGGGUAGUUACGAAUGUAAAUGCAACAGUGGAUAUUCCCUCCAGAGCGAUGGCAAGACCUGUGUAGCCAGCACUUGGUGUAGGGACAGUAAAGGAUGUGCUCACCAUUGCAUUCACCAUGGAGGACGCUCUUACUGUGCGUGUAGGCACGGUUAUCAACUGGCAUCCAAUAAACGAGACUGCAAGUUGACUUGUAACGUUGGCAACGGAGGCUGCCAACAUAAAUGUACAGACGGACCGAGAGGUCCCAUAUGUGGUUGUGCCCCAAACUAUAUGCUUACUCCUGAUAGAAAGAAAUGCUUAGCGACAUGCAAAGUGGAUAAUGGUGGAUGUGACAGAAAGUGUGAAGAUACACCUACUGGUCCUAGAUGCAUAUGUCCACCAGGUUUUCUACUACAUCAGGACAGAAAAACCUGUAUAGAUGUUGACGAAUGUGACGUUGGAAACGGCGGGUGUAGCCAUACGUGCCUGAACAACAUUGGAAGCUUUGAGUGCGUUUGUCCAGUUGGCUUCAAAACUCAGGCAGACGAGAGAACUUGCAAAGACGUCGACGAGUGUACGAGGAAUGGUACGUGCGAUCAUACUUGCAUAAACACACCGGGGAGCUUCCAGUGCAAGUGCCAUGCAGGUUACGCCAAAUAUGCAAUAACACACUGUGGAGAUAUAAAUGAAUGCAGUAUCAACAAUGGAGGCUGUCAGCAGAUCUGCAGGAACAAAAAAGGCAGCCAUGAGUGUCUAUGUGAAAAGGGAUAUAAGCUCCACAUCAACAAUAAAGACUGUGUCUCUGAGAAAUGUCAACCAUUGAUGGCACCUGCUAAGGCAAUACUAUCAUGCUCCCACACAAGUACUGAUGAGCUCUGUACUCUUACAUGUGAAGGUGGAGCUGAGUUCACAAGAGAGCCGGUGGAUAAAUACACAUUUAAAUGUGGCAGUAGUACAUUAUAUAAAUGGACAAAUAAUGCAACUUUACCUACGUGUUCAGAUUCAGUGCUUCCACCAAGUUUUAAACGAAAGGCAAAGUUUUUGUUCAUGGCAGAGAAAUGCAGACUGAGAAGAAGAGUCCGAGAAAAAUUCCAAGAGAAUUUACAAAAGUCACUUUCACGUCAUCGCAAGUUUCAAUGUUCUAACCUAUGUCAAGUGAAUUUUGUCAACCUACAAUGUGGAUCAAGAAGAAGAAAGUUCAGACAACUUACGAAUGAUUCUAAGGCACUCAUUACUGCAGAGUUUGAGAUCGAGAUGAGUCCACAAAGUCCAACAUCAAAAUGUGAUGUAAAAUGUAUGAAAGAAGAAGUCGAAAGAAGGUUGAAAAAAGCUAUACGAAUUCUUAGAAAGAGCAUCAACAAAGAUAAAUUUUAUGUAAAGUUUGAGGGUAAUGAUUACGAAGUUACAAAGCGUUCCUUCAAGGCAGGAGGGACCAAGGCAUCUUGCAGUAAGGGAAAGGUCCUGGUGCGAGAGAAAUGUGUGGCAUGUGCCGUUGGCUCAUACUACGAUAGUCGCCCUAAGAAUGCAGUUUGUAGACCCUGUAGCAGUGGCUACUAUCAGGAUAAAGAGGGACAGAUGUCCUGUAAGCAAUGCCCUGAGUCUGCCGGCCCUGGGGGAUACCCUGCAGCGUCUUCUUUGGACCAGUGUGGAGUGCAUUUUGCAGGACGAUGUGAGCCAGGGUCAUUCUCCAAUAAUGCUUACAAGCCAUGCACAUUGUGUCCAAAGGGAACAUACCAGCCAGAAGCUGGAAGAACCCAAUGUAUACCAUGUGGAUUUGGAAUACAAACAGCAUCUGAAGGAUCUCUAAAAUUUCAAGACUGUGACGUAAAAGAAACAUGUAAGCCUGGGUACUUCUAUUCAAAUCAACAUUCAAAUCAACGUCCACAAUGUUUAAAAUGUCCAAAGUCAACGUACCAAUCGGAGUAUGGCCAGAAUUAUUGUGUCCAAUGUCCUGGGAAAACCACAACAGACUCUGACGGGGCAAGAAACAGUUCAGAGUGCAAAGACAGAAAAUGUGGUGGACAUAUUGGUCUAUACCAGGGGUAUAUAGAAACCCCGAAUUACCCGGGAGAUUACCCGUCAAACAUUGAGUGCACUUGGAGUAUCACACCAGAGAAGGGGAGAAGAAUACUCAUUAUUAUUCCCGAGAUUCACCUAGCAGAGGGCAAAUGUGGAGACUCGUUAGUCAUGAGAAAAUCUCAAUCAAACUAUUCUAUUUCAACGUUGGACACGUGUGUAUCGACAGAUUCACCUAUAGCUUUUACUGCAAGAUCUAGAAAACUUUGGAUCAGAUUUAAAACAGAUUCCCACAGUUCUGAAAGUGGUUUCUCAAUACCUUAUGUAACAUACAAUGAAGAAUAUCAAGAGCUAAUAGAAGAUAUUGUGAGUGAUGGAAGACUGUAUUCGCUUCAUCAACACAGGAGUAUUUUACAGGAUAGGACGCUUCUAGCUGCCUUGAUGGAGGUGAUAGCCCAGCCUCACAAGUACUUCGCCUACGCCAAUACAUCAAUGAGUAUGUUUCCCGAGUCAUUUAUUAAACUAUUGAGACCAAAAGUGCUGAGGUUCUUUAAUUCAUGAUAGUGAAUACUGAAAGUGUAAAAAAAUAACGACCCAACCUGUAUUAUAUUUAAAUGUAAUGGAGUAUGAAUCUGAAUGGCCGUGUUAAAGAAAUCAUAUCCCCACGGAUUAUGGCCACUUGUUAUGGACUAUGGCGCUGAUUGAGCAGGCCUCUAAAGAAAAAUGUGGAAAUUUUGUCACUUGAUAAAUCAAUGGAAAGGGGUCGCAUUUUGCCAGGACCUAAAUUCCCGAAUUGAUAUUGGAUGUGGAAAUUGCAACGAUGCAUAGCAGAGCAACAAUCAACAGUGACAUCUAUUUAACUUUAAAAGCUGUAGAUCUGACGAUACCUUUUCGCUGAGCCACAUUACUGCCUCUCUGGCGUGGAAACCCUUAGUUGUAUCCUAUGUUAUAUUAUAGAAAAGAAGAUACCACAUUGAAGGAUGAACGAAAGUCUACUGUUAACUAAAUGUGAUUGGAUGUAGAUGCAUGUCCUAUUGACAUGACUGUGAACAUAUCUUUCAAUUCGCCUAGAAUAAAUUAAUCAAUGUUAGGUGUUGCAUUGUCAAAUUAAUAACAGUGUAAAUAAAUAUAUUGUACAGUACAAUACCGAACGAUUUUGUUUGUGCACAGUAAAGUAACGAACGGUCUUAAUUUUGUGAGAAAUAUCCACCGACGCAAUAACUAUCAGCCAUUCUAAAUGAAGCGGAACCAGUACUUUGCUUUAAUAAAGCAUCGUUCAUUUGCACUUUAUUUUUCGAUCCUUGUCGGUUGACAUUCAGAAAUUAGUUAUGAAGUUCUGACUGACGAAGCACGUCUAUUAUGGACUAAAUGAAACAAGACGAAGCGCUUUCCAAAUGUCAACUUUCAUCUUAGUAACCUCAUUGAUUUUAUGGAGAUUAUACAUCGUGUAAAUUACUACUCAUUGGUCACUUCAUACCGAAGUUUUAUAUAUUUUGUUGAAAAUGUGUUGAGAAUUCAAAAGUCACGUAUGGCCUUGUUUGAGCGUUUCGAACCUGGGUUCCUAGAGGAUGU